UCCCUCCACUUCCAGGGCCAGGCUCCUUCUCACAGCAGCCAGACAGCCUGCCCUCCACCCAGGGGAAGCGGCUGCCUCCCACCAGGCAGCUUCCAGGAAGCCCCAGGCCAGGCCCCAGCAUUGUUCAGGCCCCACAGCCGGCACCCCAACCAGCCAGACACCAUGAAGUCCAGCAGCCCCGUGGAGAGGCUGCUCAGAGCCCUGGGGCGGAGGGACAGCAGCCGGGCCACCAGCAGGCCCAGGAAAGCCGAGCCACACAGCUUCCGGGAGAAGGUCUUCCGGAAGAAAGCUCCAGUGUGCGCGGUGUGUAAGGUGACCAUCGAUGGGACAGGCGUCUCAUGCAGAGUUUGCAAGGUGGCUACGCACAGAAAAUGUGAAGCAAAGGUGACUUCGUCCUGUCAGGCCUUGCCCCCCGCGGAGCUGCGGCGAAACACGGCCCCAGUAAGGCGCAUAGAGCACCUGGGAUCCACCAAGUCCCUGAACCACUCAAAGCAGCGCAGCACUCUGCCCAGGAGCUUCAGCCUGGACCCGCUCAUGGAGCGGCGCUGGGACUUGGACCUCACCUAUGUGACGGAGCGCAUCUUGGCCGCAGCCUUCCCAGCUCGGCCCGACGAGCAGCGACACCGGGGCCACCUGCGAGAGCUGGCCCACGUGCUUCAAUCCAAGCACCGUGACAAGUACCUGCUCUUCAACCUUUCAGAGAAAAGACAUGACCUGACCCGCCUCAACCCCAAGGUCCAGGACUUUGGCUGGCCUGAGCUGCAUGCCCCACCUCUGGACAAACUGUGCUCCAUCUGCAAAGCCAUGGAGACGUGGCUCAGCGCUGACGCGCAGCAUGUGGUCGUACUGUACUGCAAGGGGAGCAAGGGCAAGCUUGGGGUCAUCGUCUCCGCCUAUAUGCACUACAGCAAGAUCUCUGCAGGGGCAGACCAGGCACUGGCUACUCUCACCAUGCGAAAAUUCUGUGAGGACAAGGUGGCCACAGAACUGCAGCCCUCUCAGAGCCGGUACAUCAGCUAUUUCAGCGGGCUGCUGUCUGGCUCCAUCCGGAUGAACAGCAGCCCUCUUUUCCUACACUACGUGCUGGUACCCAUGCUGCCAGCCUUUGAACCCAGCACAGGGUUCCAGCCCUUCCUCAAAAUAUACCAGUCCAUGCAGCUCGUCUACACAUCUGGAGUCUAUCACAUCUCAGGCCCUGGUCCCCAGCAGAUUUGCAUCAACCUGGAACCAGCCCUCCUCCUCAAAGGCGAUGUUAUGGUAACCUGUUACCACAAGGGUAGCCGGGGGACAGACCGGACUCUCGUGUUCCGAGUUCAGUUCCACACAUGCACCAUCCAUGGACCACGGCUCACCUUCCCCAAGGACCAGCUGGACGAGGCCUGGGCGGAUGAGAGAUUCCCCUUCCAGGCCUCUGUGGAGUUUGUCUUCUCCUCCAGCCCCGAGAAGAUCAAAGGAAACACCCCACGGAAUGACCCUUCGGUCUCUGUGGACUACAACACCGCGGAGCCUGCUGUACGCUGGGACUCCUACGAGAACUUCAACCAACACCACGAGGACAGCGUGGACAGCUCCUUGACCCACACGCGGGGACCCCUGGAUGGCAGCCCUUAUGCCCAGGUGCAGCGCGCCCCCCGUCAGACUCCACCAGCUCCCUCGCCAGAGCCACCGCCGCCCCCCAUGCUCUCUGUCAGCAGCGACUCUGGUCACUCAUCCACACUGACCACAGAGCCCACUGCUGAGUCCCCUGGCCGGCCACCCCCGACGGCUGCGGAGCGGCUGGAGCUGGAUCGCCUCCUGGGAGGCUGUGGAGUGGCCAGUGGGAGCCGGGGAGCGGGGCGAGAGACAGCCAUCCUAGACGACGAAGAGCAGCCCUGUGUGGGUGGAGGCCCCCACCUCGGAAUGUACCCAGCCCAUAGGCCUGCUCUCAGCCGACACUGCUCCUGCCGCCAGGCCUACCGGGAACCCUGCGGGGUCCCCAAUGGAGGCUACUACCGGCCAGAAGGAACCCUGGAGAGGCGGCGGCUGCCCUACGGGAGCUGUGAAGGUCCCCCCCAGGGCUACUCUGAGUCCUCUGUGGAGAAGAGGCGCCUCUGCAGAUCGCUGUCUGAGGGGCCGUACCCCUACCCACCUGAGCUGGCAAAGCCGGCCAAUGGGGACUUCAGCUGCCGUGCCCCAGGCUACCGGGAGGUGGUGAUCCUGGAGGACCCUGGGGUGUCUGCCUUAUGCUCUUGCCCAGCCUGUGAGGAGAAGCUGGCACUACCCACAGCAGCCCUUUAUGGACUGCGGCUGGAGAGGGAGGCUGGAGAGGGCUGGGCCGGUGAGGCUGGUAAGCCUCUCCUGCACCCAGUGCGGCCUGGGCACACACUGCCUCUCCUCGUGCCAGCCUAUGGGCAUCACCAUGCCCCAAUGCCUGACUACAGCUGCCUGAAGCCACCCAAGGCAGCCGAAGAAGCUCAUGAAGGCUGCUCCUAUGCCUUGUGCCCUGAAGGCAGGUAUGGGCAUCCAGGGUACCCUGCCCUGAUGACGUAUGGCUAUGGAGGAGCAGUUCCCAGUUACUGCCCAGCAUAUGGCCGAGUACCUCACAGAUGUGGAUCUCCAGGUGAGGGCAGAGGGCAUCCUAGCCCUGGUGCCCACUCACCACGGGCUGGCUCCAUUUCCCCGGGCAGCCCACCCUACCCACAACCCAGGAAGCUGAGCUACGAGGUCCCCGUGGAGGAGAGAGGGGACAAAUACCCACUAGCUUCAGCAGGACCUCUGGCAUCUACAGAGUCGCCUGAGCCACUGUCCUGGAGGGAGGGCCCCAGUGGGCACAGCACACUGCCUCGGUCCCCCCGAGAUGCACAGUGCAGCGCCCCUUCAGAGCUGUCCGGUCCUUCCACGCCCCUGCACACCAGCAGCCCAGUCCAGGGCAAGGAGAGCACCCGGCAACAGGACAGCAGGCCCCCCACCUUGGCACCCACUCAGAGACUGAGUCCCAGCGAGGCCUUGCCCCCUGUUUCCCAGGGAGGCCCUGAGAAGGCUCCUGAGCAGCCAGCAAGAAGCGGGCCAGAGCCUCGGGGCCCAAGCCCCUUCUCCUUAACCUCUUCUCCCAGCUCACCCAACAACUGGCCCCAGGAAAGGAGCCCAGGCGGCCACUCAGAUAGUGCCAGUCCUCGGGGUCCUGUGCCCACCACGCUGCCUGGCCUUCGCCAUGCCCCCUGGCAGGGACCUCGAGGCCCCCCAGACAGCCCAGAUGGGUCCCCCCUCACCCCUGUGCCUACACAGAUGCCCUGGCUCGUGGCCAGCCCAGAGCCACCUCAGAGCUCACCCACACCUGCCUUUCCCCUGGCCACGUCCUAUGAGACCAACGGCCCCACUCAGCCUCCACUUCCUGAAAAACGCCACCUCCCUGGGCAUGGGCAACAGCCAGGAUCCUGGGGCCUAGAGCAGGCAUCACCACCAGCUAGAGGCACCAGUCACCAUGUCACCUUUGCACCUCUGCUUCCAGAUAACGCUACCCAACCCCCAGAGCCCCCUGCUCAAGAGAGCCAAAGCAAUGUCAAGUUCGUCCAGGAUACGUCCAAAUUUUGGUACAAGCCACACCUGUCCCGUGACCAAGCCAUUGCCCUGCUGAAGGACAAGGACCCGGGAGCCUUCCUGAUCAGGGACAGUCAUUCAUUUCAAGGAGCUUAUGGGCUGGCCCUCAAGGUGGCUACACCUCCACCCAGCGCCCAGCCCUGGAAAGGGGACCCCUCGGAACAGCUGGUCCGCCAUUUCCUCAUUGAGACUGGGCCCAAAGGCGUGAAGAUCAAGGGCUGUCCCAGCGAGCCCUACUUUGGCAGCCUGUCCGCCUUGGUCUCUCAGCACUCCAUCUCCCCGAUCUCCCUGCCCUGCUGCCUGUGCAUUCCCAGUAAAGACCCUCUGGAAGAGGCCCCGGAGGCUUCAGUGCCCAGCAACAUGAGCACAGCGGCAGACCUCCUGCGUCAAGGCGCAGCCUGCAGUGUGCUAUACCUGACCUCAGUGGAGACAGAGUCACUGACAGGCCCCCAAGCCGUGGCCAAGGCCAGCUCUGCAGCUCUGAGCUGCAGCCCUCGCCCAACACCAGCUGUGGUCCACUUCAAGGUCUCAGCCCAGGGGAUCACAUUAACGGAUAACCAAAGGAAGCUCUUCUUCCGCCGCCAUUACCCAGUGAGCAGCAUCACCUUCUCUAGCACCGAUCCUCAGGACCACAGAUGGACCAACCCAGAUGGCACCACCUCCAAGAUCUUUGGUUUUGUGGCCAAGAAGCCAGGAAGCCCCUGGGAGAAUGUGUGCCACCUCUUUGCGGAGCUUGACCCAGACCAACCUGCAGGCGCCAUUGUCACCUUCAUCACCAAAGUUCUACUGGGCCAGCGAAAAUGAAGGAAGGCCACAAGCUCAGAGCCCACGUCAACACUGCACCCUUCCCAGCACCCCACAGCCCUCACUUCCCCUGGCCUGGACCAGGUGCCCCAGGAGCACCCUCCCCGAAGAGAGGGGAGUGGGCACCCUCCUGGACCACUGCUCUUCCCCACCCAGCCUGCUAAGCUAAGUGGACGAGCCCAUGAGAUGACCUGGCAUGUGAGCAGACGGCAGAGACGGGCAUGUGAAGGGCGCGGAGGCAUAAGCCCUGAAGGGGGUCACGACAGCCCCACCUGCAGAACAUCAGCCUGCAGGGGGACCAGGCCCUGCCAGCUCCACCCAGCUGCAGGUCCCAGCAUGGUGGUAUGGGGGCGGGGGGAGCAAGUCAUGCCCUGCUCUACCUCCCUUCUAAGCAGAGAUCAGAGUGGGAACACAAGGAUAGGGGAAAAAAAGAGAGUCUAUUUUUGUCUAAUAAAGAAUUUCUACAAACUUU